AUGGGUUUCGCGUCUCCCGAGUAUUUAUUCGAUGCUUCGUGGACUGCCCAUCGGCUAUCCCCUCUACACCACAGCAAGGACCAUCGGACCCUAAUCGGCAACGAGGAUGCUCUAAAAACAUUUGCGAAACGCUUGCAAGACGUCCUUGCCGGCGAUGUUUUGCGCGGCGUACAGGUGUCUUUGGGCACAACAGGUGCUGAUGACGCGCUAGCUAAAGCCGGGGCCUUGCUUGAAUGUCGCUGGGAACAUAUUCCGACGUUUUCACAUUGGAAAAACAACCCAGAAGAAGACGGUGAAGACACGUCAAUUGAACCAAAGGAUGUCCUGGGGGUCUUCGUAACCAUUGAGUACGAAAAUAUUGCCUACAGAGCAGUUCUUCUGGCUGGUCCAGAUGGCUAUACACCGGCAGUGACGGACAGGAGGCGGAAACAAUCUACUCAUCUGCCAUUGCUGUUGACACGAAUGCCAAAUAUGCUCAGGCAGACAUUCACUCAGUUUCUGUCAACCACUUUUGAUGCAUAUUGUUCUGUGUUACGUCUUCCAUCGAGUUUUCUUAGUGCAACACUGGAGGCGUAUAUCUCUUCGUUGACAUCAGAUGAAACCUCGGCUGCGACCUCCAAAGCGGUCCUUGAAGUUGCGUUGAAGGAAACGCAACUAACCCUAUCAUUUGGUCAGCCCAUUUCUCCAGCGCUAAAAUCACUCGAUAUAUCCCUCCCACGGGAGACAAUGUCAGCGUUUGCUCUUCGCGGCGCCAACAAUGAGACUUCAACAUUCUCUACAUCCUUGUCCCAAUACCUUCAAAAACACCUGGCCAUGAAUGUGAACCUCAACAAUAUCCCCGAUUCAAAUGACAAAUUAGCGACGAAUAAACACGUCUGGCUGAGCAAGGUUGCUAACGGAGCGUUUGUCCUCAGUACUGAAGGCAGAUUCAAGCUUGUCGACACGUCUAGCCGUCAUAAAGAUGACUCGGAUGAGCAGGCUCGACUUCGAGAGAAGAUGGUAACAGCCAGCCAGCAAAUUAUUCGUUCGCUAGUACAGCGGGCUAUUGGCGAUGAUAUGGCCACUUGA